UUCCCCGACGCCGCCAACCGCUUCCGGCCACCACCGGAAGUGCCGCCGCCGCUCGCUAUGUCCGUCGCUGCCGCACGGUGGCGUCGCGUUCCACUUCCUUUCUCUCCCGGAAGUGUCCGGAACGGAAGUGGCCACCGAGCGGCGGCUGUUUUACGGGAAGUGACGGCCCGCCGCGCCCCUCCCGCCGCGGCUGUUGUUCGCAGCCGGCUCUGCGCUCUCGCCCGCGGCUGGGGCCCGCCCCGCCAUGUCCCGCCGCCCGCUGGGGGCCCCGCGGAGCCGAGAGGAGCGGCCGGGCAGCUCCGCGCAGUUGCUUAUGCUGUCCACUUAUGCUCAAUCUUAUUUGGCCGCUUCCAGGAUUUGACUGUGCCUGUUCAAAUAAAUGAAGUUGGUUUUCUGAGCAUUGCAGGCUGUAUGUACCGAGUAGUUCAGACGACGGGACCAGAUGGAAAAAACCUUCUGAAACUACUCCCAAUUUCUAAAUCUUCUGGAAACUCUGUGCCAAUAGUUCAGUCUUCAGCCAUGUCAAAUAAUCCUAAAGGGAAUGUUUCUAGCCCAGUUCAUCUUGCUUUUAAGACACAGCUUGCCAGUGCUGCUGCACCUUCAUCUGUUAAGAUGCCUGUUUUUCAGUCUCCUAAUUCUGGCAAGAUUAUUCUUGCAAGGACAUUAGACAAACAGGAAAGUGUUAGAGCAGGUUCUGAUAAGGAAAGCGUAACGACAGAAUCAGCUGCUGACACCCAGAGUAGUUGUGUUUCGGUUGAUAGCCGGUCUUUGCAGAACGCUGCCGUAACGAGCUCAUCUGAGCAGAGUCACACUGCAUCCAUGUCGGUAAACACAGAAGAUAAUUCCAUUCCUGUGAAGCCUCCGGUACUGCCCUCUGGCCACCACCUCCAGAUACCAGCAGAUGCAGAAGUGAAAUCUGUCCCAGCUUCUUUUUUACCAACUUCAAUCCAGCAAAAAAUACUUGCUGCUGCCUCAACGAAUGCGUCUGAUGGAGCUGACGGUAAAAAAAUGCCGACUGUGAUUUAUGUGUCGCCCGUGAACGCAGUGAAAACAGCACUUCCCAAGUGUUUGCAAGCUGCUGGCCCCAAACCUGCCCUGGACGUUUCAAAAACGUUGCUCGUGACGGCUCCACGAAAGGCACGUAGCUCUUCUCCUGAGACGGGAACGUCCGAUGGUCAGCAGCGCCCGCGUGCGCCGAUGAAAUGGAUUGUGCGAGAAAGCCCGCAGCUGCCAGCGCCUUGCCUUAUUCCUGUGAAGUCGUCCAAUAACGUGGCUUCCAAGAUCUUGAAAACUCUGUCCGAGAUGAAGAAUGUAGAAGUGAACCCUGCGAAUAUGUUGCCGUUGUGUUCUAGCGGUCCCGGUGUAAGCCAAACAAAAAUCACGUCCAUGAAGGAUAACGCUCUGGUCAUGUACAAUGGGAAAGUCUAUUUAUUGACCAGGAGGGGCUCUGAUGUUCUGUCGGCCCAAGCUGACAUGCAAGCAUCUUCCUCUUCUGGUGCUUCACUUAAAAAGGAGACAUCCAAGCUGAUUGAUUCUACUGAAGUCACUAAAAUAAGCAGUAAAGUGGUGAAUCUGGUAUUGUCCAAAAGCAAAGGAAUGGCGUUGCCUCAGAAAGAUCCCACAGGGUGUACAAACUCUAAAGUUUCUUCGCCUGCCGGUUUAAGAAAUUCCUUAAAAUCUGCACCUGCAGCUCUGGUGACACCAAGUGUCGAGGAGCAGAGUUCCACUGUAAACCAGGGAAAGAGUUUGCCCUUCACCGAGAGCAUCUCCAGUGGAAUGACCCCAGUUACAACAUUAGGGAUGCAGGAAAAUACAUGCCAAGGUGGCAAGGAAACGAUUCAUUGCCCCGAAGCAGCAAGUGCUGUUUUACCUCAGUCUAAACAAGAGUGUGCUUUCAGUGAAGACUGGCAAAAGGUCCAGCAUAAAAAAAUGUAUUCACUAGGAAAAGGUAAUGAAAUCAAAGACCACGAGAAGCCACAUUGGAAACAGUAUUUGCAAUUAAGAAAAAAAUUUGGUCUCUAUAAGGAGGAGAGAGUCUACCUUAAGAGAAUACCAUUAACAACCUCCUGCGAGAAACCAGAUGAGAGGGUGUGCUCCAGUAACAGCUUGGAAAGGAAAAAUGAUUCUUGCACUUCUUCCUCAUUAGACGUGACAAUAACAGACCAGCAUCGGGAAUGUAUUAAAGAGGAAAAGAUUGUUUUGGAUCUAGAAGAGGACUUGUCUAAGAAAAGAAAAACAAAAUCUUUGCCGACAGACAAUGGGAAGAGAAGGAGAACAUCUGUCAGGUCAACCACGAGCUCAAGUACAGAAGAUAGCAGCCCAAGUUCUAUGGCACUUAACAGAAGUGUUUCUCCUCCACCAGACUUACUGCAGCAAAGCGUUUCCACUGACUUUGUUAUAUCCUCAGUAGACUCUGAACAAGAGCCGUGUUCCCAAAGCAGUGAUGCUACAGACUCGGAUAUGCCAGUGUUAGUGUCUUGUGAAGAUCAUGCAUCGCUUUUCGAAGGCUCUUUCAGAGAUGAUGCUUUCCCUUUGACUCCACCAGACUUGGACGAAACAAUCCGGGAUGAAAAGAUCAAACGACUCAAGCAGCUCUUAAGAGAGCGCGAAGCAGCACUUGAAGAAAUGCGUAAAAAAAACGCAGCAAACCUGAAAUACUGAAGGCGGUGGUGGUCUGAGCCGCGUUCAUCUCAGUGACCUGAAGCAAUUUUGUAUGUGAAUGGAGGUGAAUAAUUCUGGAAAACCGAGGACCUUUAAGGAAAUUUACAAUAUGUAUUUAGAAAAAUAAAUUUCUAUUAAAGACUAGAAAUAAAAGUCUUGGACCAUCACGUUCUACUUCUGGGACAUGUAUGCGUAUCAGAAUGCAGAAGAGAGGUGGUUUUUAUUAUUUUUAGCGUAUCCUCUGUAUUUUGCAUUAAAGGGGUUUCUCAGUUAGUCAUAGAAAAUAAACUUUCCCGCUUUGGAAAUUCGUAGCCCAUCUGUUAGAGACAGAGUGCAAAUACCAAACCCCCCUUGUAAAUAUUUUUUUUUUCGUUCAUAUUUUAUAAUGCAUGACAACUUUUGUGAAUUACAGAGAGCUGUCACUUGUCAUAAAAGGUCCAUGGUCAGUGUUUAAUAAAUGCUAUUUAAGUGGUCUGGGAUUUAGUUUUCAGGCAGUAAUAAUGCUGAUAUUUAUACAAAACGGGGUGGAUCUAGUACUAACAGCUGCUGAAGUGUACCAGUAAAGUUAUUUAGAUACA